AAAUUUUUCCUUUUAUGUUUAUAUGCAUUGUUGCUGAUUUUGUCACAACAGUCAAUUAAUCUUUCAUUAUAUGAAUAAACAUACAUUUUCAUUCGAUGUAGAAGUAGCAUACAUAGAAAAAUAACCUAAAUUAUAAAAAAUUUAAUGGAUAUUUUUUUUUAUUUAUAAUUAUAAAUUUAAAAUUAAUCGUACACGAUGUUUCUUCUUUCGAUUUUUGAAAGAUUGACAAAUUCCAAUGGUUGACACAUCAGCUUACACAGUAUGUUUUAUAAGUCAGCAGCGACAGACCCAGUUAUUACAUCGAUGUGCUGUACGACCAAUCUUGGGAUAUAAAGUUGUGACUUUGUAUUGACAGAAUGGAAAAACAGAUAUUAAUUUUUUUCUUCACAGUAUUCCUUGUUUCAUCCAUUUUUGCUAGUGAAAAAUGCCUGAGGAAAACAGAUCUCGAGUGUACUGGUCGUGUUCAUUAUAACGUGACUCUGACAGCUUAUUAUCCUGUAUUUGAUAGUGAUAACGAAUCAGAUUAUUUGGAUGUUAAGAUGAAGAAAUUGAGAACUCUGCAGGAUUUUCUUGAUGGGCGCACAGAAUUCGUAACCGUUUCAAUGGAUCUCGAUUCAGGGAUACCAUAUGGCACAAAAUUGUGUAUUCCAGAAUUAAAUGCAAAAUUUCUGCGACAGAUUCCACUUCAGGCAAGAGAUAGAAGCCAUUACAACGACGUUAAAACGAAUUCACCCGAUUUUUCUCACAUAGAUAUUUGCGUAAGAACAGAGGAAGAUACUUACGAUAAUUCAGUGAAUGGCAUAGUGACUCUCUAUGUAUAAAUUAUUUAAAAGAAUACUUCAUUGAUAUUUUUAUAAUAACAUACAAAAUUAAAAUAAUUUAAUUAUCUUCUCUUUUAAACUUUCCAUUAAAAAAUUUCCAUUAAAAAAUAUAUAUUAUAUAAAAUAAAUUAUACUUUGGGAUGAAAUUUAAUAUUUAAAUCGAGGACCAGUGUGGCCAUGUUUU